AUGAUUCUUUUGGCAGUUGCGGCCUGGUUUGCCAUUUAUUAUCAAAGCCUCCUGCUUGGUCAAGCGCCACAGAAAGAGACAGAGCAAGAACCAGAGCAAGAAGAGGCACAUAAUGAUAAUGGCGGUGGCCGAAUGCGCAUGCAAUGGUUCCAAUACUGCAUCUGGGUUUUCAAGAACUGGGUUUCUCCAAUCACUUUGAUCAUCAUCUUCACAGUUCUUGUGCCCCGUUGCGUCUUCGCAAGUGAACCAGAAGAUCGUCGUGAGCAGCAACGAGGCCAUUUUCAUAUUCUGUACAAGAAUGGGAUGAUGAUUAUGGCACUUGUGGCCGUCUUUGCCCUCUAUUAUCAAAUUCAACUUGAUCGAGUACAAAGAGGUCGGGCAGAAGAUUUACAUGGUGGUAUCAAUAAUGGGGCAGAAGAUUUACAUGGUGCUAUCGAUAACAACCACCCCGAUGAGGGUAAUAAUGCAGGGAACUUCGCUGCACGGGUUGCAGCUCAGAAUGACCAGGAGAAGUCUGACAGAGGAUAUUGA